UCGAUGGGGCUCUGCCUUGGUUCAGAUUUCUCCUGAAAACCAAACCACCAAAACCCUAAGCACUGCGUGCUUGAAAUUCCUUCAGAUGGAUGCAAUAAGAAAGCAGCUAGAUGUGCUGAUGGGGGCAAAUCGGAAUGGAGAUGUUAGAGAAGUCAAUCGGAAGUACUACGAUCGUGAUGUCUGCCGUCUUUUCUUGGUCGGCCUUUGCCCUCAUGAACUCUUUCAACUCACUAAAAUGGACAUGGGACCAUGCCCGAAGGUGCACUCAUUUCAGCUGAGGAAAGAAUACCAAGAAGCUAAGGCAAAAGGUCAAGAUAAUUAUGAUAGAGAAUUGGAGGAUGUUAUAGACAGACUCAUUGUUGAAUGUGACAGAAAAAUUGCCAGAGCUCUUAAACGUCUUAGUGAAGAGGAUGCUAAAGCAGCUAUUGCUAUUUCUGUGUCAGAGGUUACACAGACACCUGAGAUUUUUGAGUUGUCAAAGCAAAUAAAGGAGAAGCUAAAAGAAGCUGAUCAAAAUGAUCUGGAAGGAAAAGCAGAUAUGAAGAUUCGAGCUCUUGAGAUGGUUGAAGAACUUAGAACUCAAAGAGCAGAUAAACAGUCAAUGCUAUUAUUAGAUGCAUUCAACAAAGAUCGAGCUUCUUUACCUCAACCUCUUCCAAAUCCUCCACCAUUAGCACCAUUGCCUGUUGCUACUCCUGAUGCCAGAACCCAAGAAUUAAUCAAUGAAAAGCUGAAAAAAGCAGAAGAUCUUGGUGAGCAAGGAAUGGUUGAUGAAGCACAAAAAGCACUGGAAGAAGCAGAAGCACUCAAAAAGCUUUCAAUGCAUUUACCUCCUCGUCAAGAACCUGUUACAGACUCCUCUAAGUAUACUGCUGCAGAUGUGCGAGUUACUGAUCAGAAGUUACGUGUAUGUGACAUAUGUGGAGCGUUUUUAAGUGUUUAUGACAGUGAUCGCCGCCUAGCAGAUCAUUUUGGUGGAAAGCUCCACCUUGGCUACAUGCAAAUCCGUGAAAAGUUAGCUGAUCUUCAGGAAGAGAGAAACAAUAAAAGGAAGGCGCCUGAAGAAGAUAGAAGAUCAAAAGAACGAAUCAGGGAAGUGGAGCGGGAAGGAAGCAGAGAUAGAGAUCGUGACCGAGCAGGUAGCAGAGAGCGUGCACGGGACCACGAUCGAAGGAGCCGCGACCGCCAUAAUAAUGACCGUGACCGUGAACGUGAUCGUGGGUAUGACCGUGAUCGGUCCCGUAGCUAUGACUCGAGGAGUCGACAUAGAUCCAGGUCACGCUCAAGGGAACGCGCUCGGGAUUAUGAUCGUCAAAGGCGUUAUGAUCGACACUAGCCAUGAAGUAAAGCAGAUGAGAAAGAAGGUUUCUUUAUAUUGGUUGGUGGUGUUUUAACCUCAAAUCAAAUUUACAAGUGCUUCUAAUUUGGUACUAAAAAAAGAGACUUCAAUUUGUAUUUGUUUUUGUUUUUGGAUUUCCUUAUUAUGUUUCCUAGCGCAGCAGCUCUAUGUAUAUUAGUGUUGCAUAUUUGGAGUUAUAAGCGGGGGAUUGAUUGUGGCAUAACCCAAAAUUCCUAAACCUUUGUAUUCCUGUAACUUUAGUUUAUGCUCCAGAGUUACUUUUCA